CAGAACGCGGACUCCUAAACAAACACACCCUGUGUACGUUAUUCGUUCGACCAUUUAGCAUUCGAACCUUAAAAGCUUCCUGGUAAUACAAAUCGGAGGAAAAAAAUUAAAUUCGUUAAAAAUAAAAGGGAAAAUUAAGCUUCAGAACGAAAACACUUCUCAUCUUCCGCGAAGGAAUCUUCACUACUCCCUCCCUCUCGAUCAUCAAAUCCAACGGGGACUCUGAUUGCUCUAUGAACACUUUGAAUCUCACCGUAGCUUCCUUCUUAUUCAUGAGAGAAAGGUUCGCUGGCUGACGCUUUCUGAGUUUCAGACAGACACAGAGAUCGACCAUGGGUCAGGCCUUUCGUAAGCUCUUCGAUACCUUCUUUGGAAACUCCGAGAUGAGGGUUGUAAUGCUUGGUCUGGAUGCUGCUGGUAAAACAACCAUACUGUACAAACUUCACAUUGGAGAAGUUUUAUCAACCGUUCCAACAAUAGGUUUCAAUGUUGAGAAAGUUCAGUAUAAAAAUGUGAUAUUCACAGUGUGGGAUGUAGGUGGACAGGAGAAACUUAGGCCACUCUGGAGGCAUUACUUUAGCAACACAGAUGCACUGAUCUAUGUAGUUGAUUCAUUGGACAGAGAGAGAAUUGGGAAGGCAAAGACUGAGUUUCAGACCAUCAUCAAUGACCCCUUCAUGCUGAACAGUGUCAUCCUGGUUUUCGCAAAUAAACAGGACAUGAAAGGCGCAAUGUCCCCAAUGGAGGUGUGCCAAGGGUUGGGUCUCUAUGAUGUGAAGAACAGAAAAUGGCAUAUUCAAGGUACUUGUGCACUUAGAGGAGAUGGCCUUUAUGAGGGUUUGGAUUGGCUAUCUGGAACUCUCAAGGAAUUAAAGGCCAGUAGGUCCUCCGCUUCAGUCAGCACAUCUUUCUAAAAUUCCCAUCUUUGUAGUUCAGGUUCAGGUAAUCUGCCUUCAGACGAAGCCUGGGUAAGCUGUAGUGCCAACUAACUGAUACUAGAAAAUCACAUUACAUGGUUUUGUAAUCAUGUUUAAAGCUAAUGAAGUUCUAUCAUCAAACUCUGACCUGCUGCUGCUUUCRAAGCUCCAAGUUUAUUUCAUGGUAUAGAAACAUUAAUGGGGGGCUACAAAUUCACGAAGAUUAACUGGACUUCUGCUGAUGUAUUCUUGGAUGUUCCCUGUAAUACUCGUGUAUACUACUUGGGAAUUGUUGAAAUUUUUUAUUUGGGUUCCUUUAGCCCAUAAUAGCCUUGGAAUAUGGAAAUGUGUUUUAACUGCAGCAGUACAGAUUUUAGUUAAGAGUACUCUGGAUUUCAUUCUUUCA